ACCAGGUAAACACACAGGUAGGGGCAGACAAGUGAUUGGCUUCGAUCCGCCAGGUUCUCACCGCCAGGUAAGAGCGCUACGUUACCAGACACGGAACAGACAACCGGCCCGCUUGCUCUACUCUACCUGCACAUCAUAGGGGACCCAAACAUUAGCAGGGACCCAACAAUAUCAGGGACCUCCCGGACAUAAUACCAAGGACCACCCGGACAUUUUACCAGGGACCCGAACUCAAGAAAAUUAACCAAAUCCCGAUCUCUGCAUGACAGGCAUCAACUCUUGAUUUAGACGUUAUUUACAAGAUCAAUACAUUUGAUUGCCGUACAGCAAAUCUUGACGUUUGAGUGGAGCUAGACAACACCAAACAUGUCCAAGUCCAGCCUCUUCUCCGAGAAAAUACGAAGUGACCUGGGGUCAUCUACGAGGCUGAAGCUGGGCAGGUUCAGGCUGAAGAUGAAGAUGUUGACCAACUUGGGAGCAUCCACCACCGUCAGCCAGCCCACCCCGUAUGUCGCGUACGAAAACACAUACAAGCUGGCUCCUGACCUCGACAAGAGAUUUUCUUGUCACAGCGCCGAAGAGGUGAUCAGGGGCGUGUUCCAGCAUUACCUGCACGGCAAGCGGUACGAUGCCAAGGUCUUCCCUCGCCUCAUCAAGACCCUCACAGAGCUCAUUAGAGACAGGGUCAAGAUGCAAGGACUGGACAGGUACAAAAUUCUGGCCAUUGUAACAAUCGUGGAGAACAAGGAUCAGGGUGUACAACUGGCAAGUCGGGCUUUAUGGAACCACCAGCUGGACAACUACGCCUCGCUGACAUACAAAGGGCCAGAUUUUGUCGCCGUGGGCUGUGUGUAUGCCGUGUACCAGGACUAGAGGGUGUGACGUCACAGGGAAGUUCUCGUCCCUUUGGAAGUGGUUCACCCUAACAGUGGACAUGUGUAUCAAUAGGCUUAUAAUUAGUCCAGUGAAAGGGGCGAUAACUUAUUGUUUCGCUAUGACGUGCGAGUAUCAGCCUAGCGCAACUGGCUGUUUAAACCAAAGACAAGUUGUUGAAACUAUGGCCAUGAUUUGUUAUCUGUGUGAAACUGGUGAGUGAAUGUGUAAAACUGGUGAGUGAAUGUGUGAAACUGGUGAGUGCAGAGGCGUA